AUGGCUGAACCCAAGCACGCAGUCGACGCCAAUGUCCGCGAACCAGACACCGACUCGAGCCGAUCUUCGCACGAGGAUGUCGUUGUAAAGCCCCUCAAGACCUGGAAGGGUUACCUCUGGGACACAUGGGAGCUGCCGCCUGAGCAGCGGUGGCUUCUGUUCAAGGUUGACGCCUUUGUGUUGACCUUUGCAUCGAUCGGUUACUUUUUGAAGAACAUCGAUCAGACCAAUGUCAACAAUGCCUUUCUUAGUGGAAUGAAGGAGGACUUGAACAUGUUUGGCAACGAACUUGUUACGAGCACCUCUAUCUGGACCGUCGGCUAUGUUAUUGGACAACUCCCCUCCAAUCUGCUUCUCACCCGUGUUUCCCCUCGCUGGGUCAUCCCUUCAUUGGAACUUGGCUGGGGCGUCGCAACCAUCGCCACCUCAGCAGUCAAAUCCUACAAGGCGCUGUACGCCCUUCGAUUCCUUGUCGGACUCUUCGAAUCUGGUUUCUACCCUGGUAUCCACUAUAUGCUCGGCUCUUGGUACACCCCUCGCGAGAUUGGCAAGCGCGCCAUGGUCUUCUGGCUCGCUGGCUCUAUUGGCAACAUGUUCAGCGGUUUCCUGCAGGCAGCUGCUUACACUAAUCUCAAUGGAGUACACGGACGUGAAGGAUGGCGCUGGCUGUUCAUCAUCGACGGCAUCAUCACUCUCCCUCUCGCUCUGAUGGGAUACAUCUUCUUCCCCAACCUGCCCCAGGAUGGAAAAAAGACUUGGUGGGUGACCGAGCGAGAGCGUGUCAUCUCUGUUGAGCGAAUGGACGCCGUUGGCCGAGCUGGCAAGCAGCCCUGGACAAAGGCCAAGGUCAAGUCUAUUCUCUUCAGCUGGCACACUUGGCUUCUGCCUCUCAUCUACGUCGUUUGGAACAAUGGUUACCCCCAGCCUGCCAUGGGAUACUGGCUCAAGAGCUUCAAUGCUGAUCCUCCCCCCGUACCUGGAAGGCACUUCACAGUUCCUCAGAUCAACAACUUGCCCCUGCCCACGACUGGAAUCUUCAUCGUCAUGGCCCUGGCAUGGGGCUGGCUCUCUGACGGUCCCAUGAAGGGUCGUCGAUACCCUUUCAUCUACCUUGGUGCUGUCAUCACUAUUUCUUUCCAUAUUGGACUCCUCAAGAUGCCCCUAUACGGAAACGUCACGAACCGAAUGAUUGUGUACUGGUUUGCCAACAUUGGAAGCGGUGCCGGUCCUCUUAUUCUUAGUUGGAUUAACGAGAUUUGCACUGCGGAUACCGAGAAGCGAGCUUUGCUUGUUGGCGCGGCCAAUGAUCUCGCCUACGUCGUGCAGGCAGUGGCGCCCAACUUUGUUUGGAAGACGACAGACUUCCCAGCAGCCAGGAAGGGCUACACUUGGUCUAUUGUUCUAAAUGUCUUGUUAAUUGUCAUCACUGGAACGGUUCAACUUCUCUUGUGGAGGGAUCAGAAGAAGGCAAAGAAAGAGGCUCUCAACGCUCCGCCUGAAGUGGUUGAACAAAAGGGAGACGAGAGUGACAACAGCAGGGUUCCUGCCAAGACCGUCGUUGACAUAGUUUAG